AUGGAGGUGUACGUGCACACACUGCGACUGCGCGUGCGAGAUGCAGCCCAUUUGUGCUGGACGGCAGCCUUCCCGUCAGAUCGUCCGUCGGGUGUCUAUUCGGUCUAUACGUGUAUCAUCAACGGCAGCCUGCUGGCCUGGAGCUUUGCCGUAGUGCUUUCGCACCCGUGCGAAACGGUGGCGGGGCGGUGGGUGUACGCGGGCAUGGCGCACUGCUUCAUCAAUAUGAUUUUCGCUGUCUUGGUAGUGGUGCUGACGAGACGGCAGAUCGCCGCCGGCAUUCCAGAAGAGAUGUCACAGUGGCUCGUGUGUUUCUCUAACCCUCUCAUCGCGGUGUACUCGCUGUACGUAGUGUGGGAGAUUUUAUGGAUAAUCGCGGUCGGACAGUUUUCCGACGGCAAUCCCCACACCACCUGCUCCUCGCACCUGAGCGUGCAAGUUGCCUUCCUGGUGUUCUACCUGCUGGUCGGCUUUUUUCUCUUCUACAGCACGCUCAUCACGGAGCGGUGGCGCCGACCGAGGUGGCGGCGCCUCGCGGCGAUGCGCCACGACUACCUUCACCGCACACGCAGCCGGUAUACCGUUCGCUGGAACGAUGAGUACACUUCCGUCGACGGCGACGGGGAGCCUGUAGACCUGGACCGGGUAGGGAUGUCGCCUCUUGACGCCACAGAGCGCACCACCACACUGGAUUACGCGAGUAUCACGGAUGACUCGACGACGGCGGCGGGCGAUGGGCGGUACCGCGAUAGUCGCGAUGCACGCGGCUGA